CGUAGCGCGCGCGGGGGGGAGGUUACUCCUGGCGUGCCUGGCCUUAUCUCCCUGGCCGACGAGUGUUCAAGCUGUCCGAGGAGCAGACGCGCAUAGGUGUGCACCCGAAUGCCUCUGCAAGAGUGUCAGGUGUGAUUCUGCUGUGGACGCGCUCUCUUGCAGGGUGGCCCCGGGAAAACAACAUGCAGAGCCAACAUUGACGUCGAUAUAAUGCGGAGGUGACGUAGCGCAAAGUGGAAACGCCUCAAACGAGUCGACGACCCACGGACGUUCGAAACUGCCCAGCACUCGGGACCCCGCCUCUUCCCUGUCGUUUCGGGCGUCGGGUCUGCGCCCGCGGACCCUAGGAAUAAGCCUCGGUUCACGAAAGUGUUUCGAGUUGAAGCCAUUCGUGAAGCGGUCUGCGUUUGCGUUCGCAGUGUGGUGUAUGAAAGAUAAUCCUCAAAGGACUUCGCUAGGCUGACACACCUACACUGUCCGUUUCAAGGACUGUCCGCUAAUCUACGAGCGUAAUGGAUAACUUAACAAGGAUUGAAGAGGAAGGACGCAAGGGUAAUAUCUACAAGACAGCCGCCACCAUUGCUGCUGCGGUGGCAGUUUGCGAGUUCCUCGAAGUGUGGAGCUUGGGAUGGACGCUGCUGACAUUCUUGGAUCCAGAGUCGUUAGGCUCUUUACACUACACUACCCUGUCUGGUGAAUUCAAGGAAAUUAGUCUGCGCCAUGAAUACGGCGUCUGCGUGGUGGCACUGUUGGUUUUUCACCUACUUUAUUUAUUCGCUACAGGAGCCCUGAUAUGGUCGAACAAGAGGGACAAGGCAACGGCUUUUCCCAUCUUUGUUUUUGCCUCCGUCGUUACCAUUCUUCUGAGCGUAUCUAUAACAAUAUACUUCUUCGUACAGUCCGAGAUGGUAUUCACGUACUUCUUUGAACCGCAAAACGAGGCAGCGUUGGCUCACUUCCUCAUCUUCCUCUACUUCUCUCGCUACUUCUUCAUCGGCUGGAUUGUCAAGCUGGCUAUCGUGAUGUGUGUGCACAAAAGAAAGGAAGAAAUUGAAAGCGAGAAGGAGAGCAUCGAGAUCCAGACCGCCGUGGACAAGGCAUUCAAGAACGUGUUCGACCCUGAGCCGGAAGAGCCUCACGUGCGGCCCGAAGCCAUCCCGGAGAGCAUACGGCGCAUUCCUAGGGUGACGGCCGUCGCCGCUGGUGCAGUCGCACCAAAGAAACCGGAGGACACGGCUCCACGGAGCCAGCCGGAUAACGGAUACCUGAACCGUGCCUACGAGAGGGACAGCGAAGAAAGGUCCCUGAGACCGGACGCGCGCAGCGACCAGCCAUCCGCGAGGGAGUCCAGGUAUCCGAGGGAAGCGGAGCACCGUGCGUCGCGGGCUACAGCGCCGAGGUCGGAAACCGUUGAACCCCAAGUACAGACCAAGGACGGCCGGCGCAGGGAUGACGGCUGGAGAGAGUCGCGGACUAAGAGCGCCGACGUGGACUUCCUGCAGGCACGGGACCACCGCGGCAACAGCGCGCACCACAGUAGUCGCGGUGAUCGGGAGUACCCCUUGCAGGAGUACUCUCGCAGGGAGCCCUCCUGCGAGAACCUUUCUGGAAGACCCCAAUCGCCUGCUGCGGAAGACGGGAGCGACUACAGGAGCAGGGAGUCUCGGUACCAAGAGCACGGACCGGGUUCCAGGAGGGACUACAGGCCUCCCUCUGCACCGAAAGACGUCUCGAGGGGCGGCAAGCCAGAGCCGGCACAAGUUUACGAAUCGAGGUCCCGAAGCCCAGCCCGCGGACAGUACGCGGGCGACAGGCGGCAGGAAUACUACGCCAGCGCAGAGGACGAGCAGCAACGCAAGGCAGCGCACGGCGACCGGAUCAGGCGGCAGGGCGAAGCCGGUGAGCCCCGGAAGGAAGGCGCACAGAUGGCACGCCAGGACGAGUUCAGGAGGACCGACAGGCCGAGGAGAUCGGAGUACGAGUACGACGACGUGAGGCAGAGAGCCGAUAGGCAGGCGUCGCCGGCAGAACGCGGUCGGUGGAACGGCGAUUACGACGCACGCGAUCGACCGCAGCAACAGCAGCAAGGGAACGAUUCCCGUCCGCCGCCGAGAUGGGAGCCUGGCCGCGACGACUACGGUCAGAGGGAAGCGCGUCCGCAGCAACGAACGUCGGCGGGUAGCCCCAGCUCGGCGUACGAGGACUACGAGGCGAGGAGCAGCAGAGCCGACUUGAGGCGCCCGGCCGAGGACUACGACCGCGAACGGUCCCCGACGCCGCCUCAGCCGCUGGACGCGUCCCGCUACCUUCGGGCCGAGGACGGAGAGCUGCGAGUCAAGAAGCGGCCCACGUCCGCCUACUACAGCCGCGACAGCGGCCACUUCGACUACGGCCCGGGCCCACUGGGCUACAACGUGCCAUCGCCGCACUCGAGACCCCGCAGCAUGGUCAUGAUGGGCGGCGACGAGGACGAGGAGGUUCGUCCCAGCGGCGGCUCCACCAGCCUGAAGCGCGAAGAGAGCCUCGUCAAGAAGAUCCUGCCCCGCUACGAGUCCACCACUGGAGGUGCGCUGCGCACCGGACCUGCGCCCGUUGGAGGGGUGCCGGCAGUCGGGCCAGCCAGCGUACGCAGAGUUCCUCCAAGAGGCCGCUACUGAGAAACACCUAAGCGAAGUCCUGGAACACUACUCCGCCGACGUGGACGUUCAGAUGGAUGCGUUUUCUCCCCCCUUAAUUUUCUUGCAAGCCCGUCCAUCUAACGAAAGUAACAGCAGCAACUUUGCAACGUCGGCCGAGAAGGCUCCGUCAUCUCACGCAGACAGGUCGCGAAGUUUAGGCGUCUGGGCCAAUUUCAAACAUAUUCUACUACAAUUUGCAUAAAGGCACCGAACAGGUGCGGAAAACAGAGCCCCAGCACAGUACUUGGCACAGCUGCUCGUUCACUUGCAUCAGACUCACGCGACCUAUGCACAAUAAUCAAAAGAUUCCUGUAAGGAUCACGCUGGCACAGCGUCGAACUCCACAGGUGUUGGAAACAAACUCGGAGCGACAAUAAGUCAUCUUUGUUGUCAGUGCCCAUCUAUGCGAGUUCACGAAGCACGGACAAUGUCGCUCAGAGAUGGUGUUAUCGAUGUAUAAGAUACUUUGAUAAAAUAAACAUUCUUUUUUGAAAUAAA